UUGGAGUGUGCUUUGUGCUGAGCUGCAUUGAUUUAAUGCAUUACUGGAGCUGCUGGACAGAGAGAGAGAGAGAGAGAGAAAGAGAGAGAGAGAGAGACUCUCUCCUGACUGCAUUAGCGCUGCCUCCAGCCUUUGUGAUUCCUUUUGAUCAAAUCUGUGUGAAAGAUGAGUGUCAUGCCCUCGUCCAGCCAGCUGUGAGCGACUCUGCCCUGCCGGGGAGGGGAGAGUCCAGGGGGGAGGGGAGGGGCCUGCAGAGGUGUAUGCGAGAUAGAGAUAGAGAAAGAGAGAGAGAGAGAGAGAGUAUCUUACACAUCUUGAGUAGUUUAGUUUGGUGUGUGAGUGCAGGAGGAUGGGCAGCAGCAUGUGUGAGAGUGUGUGUGUGUGACUGUGUGAGUGUGUGUGUGUGUGUAGGUGUGUUUGGUGGCUCUCUGCAGAACUUGUACAGACAGGAGCAGGAAAUGGCCGGAAAGUUCUCAGAGCGUCUGGAAUCUACAGCGUAAAACGGGAGAGGAGAAGAAGAGAGAAGAGAAGAUGUCUCAGGCUAUUUGCUGUACGAUGGUGAACUGUUCCUGCGACAGUUUCAGUCCGGGGAAGCUCCGACGCCGACAGUGUGAAAACUGCAGACACGGCUGGGUUGCUCACGCCCUGAGCAAGCUGAAGGUGCAUCACAUGUACCAGGGCAGUCAGGUGGAGAUUGUUCACUCCAACGUGGUGUUUGAUAUCUGCAGUCUGAUGCUAUACGGCACUCAGGCCAUUCCCGUCCGCCUGAAAAUCCUUCUGGACCGACUGUUCAGCGUCCUGAAGCAGGAUGAGGUCAUUCAGAUCCUCAGUGCUCUCGACUGGACUCUGCAGGACUACAUACGUGGAUACGUACUCCAGGAUGUGGCUGGCAAAGUGCUGGACCGCUGGGCCAUUAUGACCUUUGAAGAAGAGAUUGCAACGCUGCAACAGUUUCUACGCUUUGGAGAGACCAAAUCCAUCGUGGAGCUGAUGGCUCUGCAGGACAAAGAAGGGCAGGCGGUCAUCGUGCCAACAGCCAGGGCCAACUCCGACAUCCGCAGCUUCAUAGAGAGCAGCAUGCAGCGUCCUACGGCCCCACCACCUAAAUCAGAGCCUCUGAGCAGAAGCAACGGUCACCACUUUGAGAGUCUAGUCAACAGCAUGGCGUUCAUGCUGCCUUUGCAACUGCUCAACUCCGCCCCUGCUCCACUGCUCAGUUCCAGAGCGGACUCCAGUCUGCAGGAGGCACCGGUGAGACAUGAGACUCUGGAGCUGAGCCCUGACAACUCCACCCACUUCAUCUCUGACCCAGAGAGGGAAGAAGUCCAUCUAGAGAGAGCAAGCACCAAGGUGGAAUCUGAUGAUUUCACAAUCAGUGAUAACUAUUCUUCGCCCUCGACGCCCUGCACCCCCUCCAUCAGCUCUGACAUCACUCAGAUGUCCCCAGAAUCAAAAAUCCGUCCAGGAGAGAAAAGCACAGUGAUGAAGAAAGGUCGUGUGAUCUGCAGCGCUUGCGAGAAAACAUUCUAUGAUAAGGGCACACUCAAGAUCCACUACAACGCUGUACAUCUCAAAAUCAAACACAAAUGCACAAUCGAGGGCUGCAACAUGGUCUUCAGCUCUCUGCGGAGCCGCAACCGGCACAGUGCCAACCCCAACCCACGCUUGCACAUGCCCAUGAACCGCAACAACCGGGACAAGGACCUGAGGGGUGGCCUGAGUGAGGGGGAGGCGAGCAGCCCUCAAGCUGAGAAGCGGGAGUUUGGAGCAGCAACCAGUUCAGCAGACAGCACCAGGUCUGUCUCUGGCUACAUCAGUUCUGAGCCCAAACUGCACAGCUCCUUCCCCAGUGUCAGCCACAGUGGCAUCCUCUUUCCCAACCUGAAAACAGUGCAGCCUGUUCUGCCAUUCUAUCGCAGCCUAGUGACUCCUGCAGAGCUGGCCAACACACCUGGAAACCUGCCCUCCCUUCCUCUGCUCUCCUCCUCCGUUUCCGUCAGUGUUGGAGAGACAGGGAACAACACAGAGUCUGUCCCCAAGAAGAAAUCCCGCAAGUCCAGCAUGCCAAUAAAAAUAGAGAAGGAUGAGCUGGCAGAGGGCAGUGGAUCCGAUGAAGACGAGAGCUUGCCUGCCAGCACAGACGCUGGGAUGGAGUAUGUGGUACAGACUGAAUGUGAUGAGCACGGCAUUGUCCCUCAGACCAUCCAAACUCAGCUAUCCCACACAGAGAGGAACCAGUCAGAAACCAAGUACAACCAGAAUGAGAGCUGUAUCAUGGGCUGCCCAUCUCCCUUCAGUGGCAGCCAAAGAGACCUUUGUUGCCCCUGCGACUGGGACCGGGUGUCGCAGCAGCCAGAAGACCAAACUUGCCGUGAGGCUGGCUGUGGGGAAAAUGAGCUGAAAAAAACACCCUGCAAAACAGAAGAAGAUGCAGAGAUAAGCAAAAAUGAUCUAAGAGCUGUAUGUGCAGAUGGUGGUGAAGACCUGCAGAUAGUGACUUGCGAAGAUAACGAGGAAGAUGACCUUCUUCAUCAAUGCGAGAGCUGCAAUAAAACAUUCAAAAACCCUUACAGUGUGAAAAUGCAUUACCGCAGUGUACACCUGAAGGAGAUGCACAUGUGCACCGUCGCUGGCUGCAACGCUGCCUUCCCUUCACGCAGGAGCAGAGACAGACACAGUGCAAAUUUGAAUUUGCAUCACAAGCUACUGACCAAAGAUCAUUACAGCACAUCAGGUGCAGCAUUCACCACGUCAUGCAGAGACCUUUCCAGUGACACUUCCUCUGAUCUUACUCAUAAAGAGACUCUGAGCCAGGCGUCUGUGAUCUUUAAGGGGAGUAACCGUAUGGGCCUAGUGUUCCCCAUGAGUAAAGCAGUGGAAAAUGUGGAAGGUCCAGCAAAGGACGUGCUGGAGGAUGAGACUGUGCUGGACCUGAGUACCAGAGGAAGUAGUCAAUCCCCUUCCUGGGACUCUGAUGCUGGCAGUGAGGAAGGGCUCCCUCUAGAGGACAGUGAUGAGAGCUGCGAUGGGCUGGCCGCAGGUCAGUCUGCAUCUCCAGCUGCUCAGCAGCUCCACAGCUCCUCGCCCAUCACCUGCCAUGUCUGCCAGAAGGUUUACAGCAACAAGGGCACGUUCAGGGCGCACUAUAAAACCGUGCAUCUUCGGCUUCUACACAAGUGCAAAAUACCAGGAUGCGAUACCACCUUCUCCUCCGUCAGGAGCCGCAACCGUCACAGCCAGAACCCAAAUUUACACCGCAACCUCCCUGUCCUCAACCAGGAAUAGAGGAACCCAGAAGAAACAAACUUGUCUCUCACAUAGGAAGUUUGUUUGUGUUGUUGAAAAACAGUGAUUUGUCCAAUGAACACUGCAUUAAACUACAGAGUGAAAUGUGAGUCAACAGAAAAGCACAGACCUCCACAAAGUCUCCAAACAUUCAUCAUCACAAAUAGCAGAACUGGCUGUUCUGAGGUGCUCAGAAAUUAUUCUUUCUCAUGCAUGUAGUCUAUUCCAUUUAAAGUUUGCAGGGCAGAUGUUGGUCUACUUCCCUUCAUGGGAGACAGUCAGAAGAAGGAUGUGUAGGCUGGUGUUAGUUAUAGGCAGUUUCAACAAAACAGACCUGGAUUGAGUCUCGUAGAUCAGCUCAGCUGGGUACUGUGGCACAAUUUCUUCUGGAAAGGAUUAAACUCAAGAAAUCAAACAUCUCAUGCAAAAGAGCUGUUAACCGGUUGUAGUAAAAACUCCUUUCACUCUUAGCAAUCACUAGAGCGAUGCAUCUUAUUUUCAUGAUAUACCAUAAUUAGGCAACAUUAUAAACGCCAUAUUCAUGAGUGAAGCAGUGAAGGAUCUAGCAGAGGAUCCAAAUUUCCCACCUCUAUCAGCAACAGCACAAGAGAAAGAGUUAUUAUUGUUAGUUGAAAUCAGACCUUGAUUAUUUCUAAAUAGAUGUUUACUGAAUUUGAGUUCUUAUUGCAGUUAACAUUUUGAAUAUGCUUGGCAAUCAUUUGUUUACAUCCAGGAUUGCAUAUUUCAUAAGGGCUAUCUAGUCCAAGUGAUGGUUCUUCUAAUUGGAUGGCUCUUCCCAUUUAAGCCAUUUCAGAAAGAACAUGCAAUAUAAAUUGUUUAUCACCAAAUGGUUAAAAAAUAUAAACUUUUUUACCAUAUUGCCCAGUGCUAGCACUCACUCACUGAUCCUGAACCUGCUGCUACAUCUAAACAUGUCCAGCUCCAACUGAUCACUGAAUGACUAAAGAGUUUGAUUCUGAAAUCAUUUGUCAGAGCUUUUUCAUGAGAAGUGACCA